AUGAGCGAUAGCAAUUCCACUUCUAAUCCGUUCGGUGGCAAUCCGUCUGAAGCGCAAGGAGGGCUUUACAAGGCGAUAGGUGUCACCUUAGCUGUAGCAAGCGGGUUGUUUAUUGGCAGUAGUUUCGUGUUCAAAAAAAAAGGUUUAUUACAGUCCAUCGAGCGUUCUGGUGGCAUAGCUGGUGAAGGUUACAGUUACCUUAAAUCGGCGAUGUGGUGGCUCGGCAUGAUACUCAUGGUCGUUGGGGAGCUAUGCAACUUUGUAGCUUAUGCUUUCACGCAAGCCAUCUUGAUCACACCUUUGGGCGCAUUAAGCGUCGUUAUCAGCGCGAUAUUGUCCUCCAUUUUUCUCAAGGAAAAACUUAAUUUUCAAGGCAAAGUCGGUUGCCUGCAAUGUAUUGUUGGGGCUGUGGUUAUUGUGCUGCAUGCACCGGAGCAAAGUGCUUCAGAUACUUCGAUUGACACAUUUCAGCAUCUGGUUCUUUCCGUUGGUUUCCUGGUCUAUGCAGGAAUAGUUACGCUUAUAUCACUGGCGCUUGUGCUGUAUUGUGGGCCGCGAUGGGGCAAAACGAAUAUGCUCGUAUACAUUUCUAUCUGUUCGCUGAUUGGCUCGUUAUCGGUUGUAUUCACCCAGGGCCUGGGAUCCGCCAUUGUUCACUCGAUCACGAUCAGCAAUCAAUUUACCCACUGGUUCAUUUACCUUGUGAUUGCUAUUGUCGUUGUUACUCUCAUUAUUGAAAUCGUUUAUCUCAACAAGGCGUUGAACCUAUUCAACACGGCUUUGGUGACGCCCACUUACUACGUUAUAUUCACGACGUUGACCAUUGUCAGUGCUUCGGUGCUUUAUCAGGGAUUCGAUGCUUCCGGUGCUGAUAUCGCCACAUGCGUUCUUGGAUUUAUAUCGAUCUGCUCAGGUAUAGCGCUUCUCCAUCAAAGCAAGAGUGCACCACCAUCCAAUGAGAACGUCUCCCUGGGCAAAAAGAAAUCCAUCCUGCGCAUGUUUGAUGUGGAAAAGCAAGUGACCCCGCUCGAUGAGAAAACAGAGAUUGAAGAUGAAGGCAUCGGUAUUGAUAAACCUGGUUUGGCUGAAUUGUUCCCCGCGCCUUUCACAGGCAUUGGCAGAUAUGCCAGUACGACCAAGAAUCGAAGCCGAACAAUGUCAGGUUGCUUGCCAACUAGAUCACGCACAUCUCCGUUGGACGAUUUCACAACACCCCAUUCAGAUACUCCGGACACAGAUUUUUACAACGCAGAGGAAAAUGUCAAAGAGAGUUUAACAUUGGCACAGCCCUCUUCACCAUCCAGCCUUGAACCUCUGACUGUCCCCAAAUCACGCCAAGAUGCUGAUCACCGAGCCUUUUCGAGCAGUAAAAGUUACAGCCAACCAUUACUUCAGUACGAAUCAGGCACGUUUGGUCGCCAAGUCACCGAUACUUCACCAAAUACUCCUGUGACCGAUGGUCACAGACCCAAACCAUCCAAUAGUUACUCGCGGCGGACCCAGCAUGAUCUCAGCCUAUUCAGCUCGUACAGAAUGGGUCUAAUGGAUGAAGAUGCUGAUGACAAAGAAAGCCUCGUCAAGCAUGCUUAG